CAUCCCCCCGGCCGGCAGUGAAGGGGUUACUGCCUGUCUCCGGUUGGCCCAUUGCGACUCCCUUAUCGCCCUUGUCUUUUGUGACAGAGCCUCCAGCUGUGACCCUGCCUGGGGAGAGAGCGCACAGCCUGCUAUGUGACUGCCAAUAUGAGACGCGCAGGAGCAGGGUUCCGGGUCGUGUUCAUCCUCAUUAGCAUCUUGAAGUGGAAUGUUCUGGCGUCCGACUCCGUCCCGGACUCCGCAUGUCCCGCGCCCUGCGUGUGCAGCUACGAUUACGGCGAGGAGUACAACGUUUUCUGCAGUUCCCGCAACCUCUCGCACAUUCACGAGACGCUGCCCGCCAACACUCGCCUGCUCUGGCUUGACGGGAACAAUCUUACGACGGUCAGGUCAGGAGCCUUCAGGAACUUGACCCAGCUGGACUUUCUCAACUUGCAGAGCAACCACUUGGUGAGUUUGGAGAACCAUGCGCUGCACGGGCUCAAGGCUUUAGCCCAUCUCCAUUUGGAGAGGAACAUGUUGAGGUUCUUGGCCCCCAAUACCUUCCUCCACACCCAGAAUUUGGUCUCUUUGAGCCUCAACAACAACCUCUUCAGCAAAAUCGAAGACGGUCUGUUCUCUGGUCUCUCGAACCUCUGGUACCUAAACCUGGGAUGGAACCUGCUGGUGGUCCUACCAGACACCGUCUUCCACGACCUGCCCAACCUGAGAGAACUUAUUUUGUCCGGGAACCGCCUGGUUUAUCUUCACCCUCCACUCUUUCUGAGCUUAGUGGAGCUGAAGGAGUUGGACUUGAGUGGGAACUCGCUGAGGGGAUUGAAGGCUAACGUGUUCUCCAAGCUACAGAAGAUGGAGAAGCUCUAUCUCAACCACAACGUCAUCACCACCAUUGCUCCUAGAGCUUUCUUCGGCAUGAAGUCCCUACGUUGGCUGGAUUUGUCUCACAACCGCUUGACUAUACUGACCGAGGACACCUUUGUUGGUCUGCUGAGCCUCCAUGUCCUCCGACUCUACAACAACUCUCUGCCGGGGCUAAGGCCGAGGACUUUCAAGGACCUACAGUUUUUGGAAGAGUUGAACCUUGGACACAACAAGAUCAAAGUCUUGAUGGACAGAACCUUCGAAGGUUUGGGUCAACUGGAGUUUCUGUCCCUGAAUCACAACUACAUACAAGAGAUCCGCCAAGGUGCGUUUUCCGGCCUGCUGAAUGUGGCGGUGAUGAAUCUUUCCGGGAACUGCUUUAGGGCCCUUCCAGAAUAUUCUUUCAGAGGGCUGAGGAAGCUCCACAGUUUGCACAUGGAGAACAGCUGUAUCACCAGAAUAAAGCCGCAUCUGUUUUCCGGGCUCUCCAGCGUCCGUAGACUCUUCCUCCAACGAAACGACAUCUCCAUCAUCGACGAUCUCAGCUUCUCCGACCUCCAGGAUCUUCUAGAAUUGGACCUCAAGUUCAAUAAGUUGACCCACCUUUCAGUCCGAUCCUUCACAGGCCUCAACAACCUCUCCUACCUUCUUCUGUCCGGCAACCAACUCCAGACCGUCGCUCCAGAAGCCUUCAAACCCUGUCAGCAGUUACAGUGGUUAGACCUCUCCGACAACCAGCUGAAGGCCUUGGCCGACGACGUUUUUCUGCCUCUGCCCCACCUGAGGUAUCUCAACCUCCAGAAAAACUCCCUGAAACGUCUCUCUGUUAAUUUCCCGAGUCACGCAAUGCAGCAGCUUUGGCUGAACAGCAACCAGUGGGACUGCGGCUGCUCUCUUAAAGAUCUGAGGGACUUCUCCUUGAGGAACGCCACCGUCGUCCCACGUGUGGUCAAGUCCAUAUCGGAGGGAGAAGACAGCAGCGACCUGAUCUACACCUACAACAACAUCACCUGCGCCGGCCCGCCGGACGCUACGGGGCAGGAUUUAAGGGAUCUGGGCGAAGAUUAUUUCGCUGCCUGUUAGUUGCACUAAAGCCAGGGGUGUCGGAGUCCAGGCCUUGAGGUCUGCAAACAGGUUUUCGUCAUUCUUGAACACAGGUAAGUUCAUCAUCUUUAAGCCAUCUUCAAGUUGGCCCUCAAGACCUGGGAUCCAACACCUCUGGGGCACACAAAAAAAAAAUUGCACAAUAGAAAAAGUCUCCUA